CCGUUGUUGUCUCACUCUGGUCUGGAGACCGUCCUAACUCAUAAGCCGCGUGUCCUUUAACACCUGGAUGGACAGCGUGGAUACGAUCCUCUCACCCCGCUCCUUUUACGCACUGUCGUGGCGCGUCUUUGUGCUGAAAGACGGGAUGCGCUGGAUGUAUUUUCUCCGGGGACUGUGAAGCAGGGAGCAGAUCAGCACCUCGUAGCCAUGUGGACAGCGGACAGGUCCUCAGCUGGAGGAGGCAGACUUUAGACAGAGAGCGUUGCUGCGCUUUCCUGGAAAAUAACACCUUUCAGGGAACCUGACAGAGACGAGAUGGUAGAGAAUGGCCGCACCUGACCUUCUUGACCCAAAGGCUGCUGUCCACAACUCCAAGCCUCGCCUAUCGUUCUCUACCAAACCAGUGGUGCUGAACACUCCUGACGAUGACUGCGACACACGGACCACAGUCAUGAGGUGGAAAACUGUGACAGCCAUCUUCUUCCUGGUGGUGCUAUACCUCAUCAUCGGGGCAACCGUGUUCCGGGCACUGGAGCAGCCUCAUGAAAGCUCCCAGAAACUGAACAUUCUGGCAAAAAAACUGGAGUUUUUGGUGGAACACAGCUGUGUAAACUCAACGGAGCUGGAGGAUCUUGUCAAGCAAGUGGUGUCAGCGGUUCGAGCAGGAGUGAAUCCAUCAGGAAAUUUAUCCAAUCAGACGAGCCUGUGGGACCUUAGCUCCUCCUUUUUCUUUGCUGGGACUGUUAUCACCACAAUCGGGUUUGGAAACAUCUCUCCUCACACAGAAGGAGGGCGGAUCUUCUGUAUCCUUUACGCUCUGCUGGGCAUUCCUCUGUUUGGAUUCCUGCUGGCUGGCGUUGGGGACCAGUUAGGAACUAUUUUUGGGAAGGGCAUUGCCAAAGUCGAAAAGAUGAUCGUGAAGUGGAAAGUCAGCCAGACAAAGAUCCGUGUCAUCUCCACCCUGCUCUUCAUCUUGUUCGGGUGUCUCAUCUUCGUGGCCCUGCCAGCUGUCAUUUUCAAGCAUAUCGAAGGCUGGAGCACACUUGAAUCCAUCUACUUUGUGGUCAUCACCCUCACCACUAUUGGCUUUGGAGACUUUGUGGCCGGAGAAAAGGGUCAUCUGACCGAGGGUGGUUCAGGGAGUCUUGAGUAUCUUGACUACUACAAACCGGUAGUGUGGUUCUGGAUCUUGGUGGGCUUGGCGUACUUUGCAGCAGUGCUCAGCAUGAUUGGAGAUUGGUUCAGAGUCAUCUCCAAAAAAACUAAAGAGGAGGUCGGGGAGUUUCGUGCCCACGCAGCUGAGUGGACGGCAAAUGUAUCAGCAGAGUUCAAAGAGACCCGCAGACGGCUCAGCGUGGACAUCUAUGAUAGAUUCCAGCGGGCUGCAUCCAUCAAGCGCAAGCUGUCAUCUGAGCUGGGAGUCAACGCCUCUAUGAACCAGGAGAUGACCCCUGGUAAAAGGACGCUUUCAGCCAACCUGUGCGAGGACAGAGAGACAUACCCUUCCUUGAAGCUCUCUCUGAGUCCCGUCCCAGGGGCUCUCACCAGGAACGGCAGCCUGUAUCUGAACGGCCUUAGUCCUGAAUGCGCCGAUCGGCAGGAGAUCGCCAUCAUUGAAAAUUUCAAAUGAAGAGCAAUUUAAAAAUGAGUUUCUCUACACUGGGGUUUACAACUGUGAGUUUGAUGCCAAAUUCUGUUGAGGUACCUGAAUGAAGCAGAUUGAGAUUUAAACACCUAAGCACAAAUCAGUCUUCAACCUGUCUACAUAUACCACACCCACUUAACCAUGUCUAGCUGUUGCACGGAUAAAAAAGAAAAUAGAUUGGAUUAAAUCUAUAUAAAAAGUCAGACGUUUUUGAAGCUGUUUGCAACUGAGCCAAAAGAAAUACAGUCCUUCUUGGAGCAUGUUAGUUUUUUUUUUUCCACAUUAUUCCCAGAGGAACUACAAAUAUUAACGAGCAAUAUAGCGAUUUGCUAUUACACUGUAAUAACAACUCCAGAACUGGAUCACACUGAGGAUACUAAUUCUUCAAAACACCAAAUUAUCCGUGGUGGAUCUUUCCUGUGGGUCUUCACGUGCUGAAAUCCUGGAGGGAAUGUUCCUUUUGUCAUCUCUCAUCUGUUGAUAUAUCUGCCUUGCAUUUGCCACUUAAUCAAGCCUUUACUAAAAAGACGAAUGUUGACAUUUUAGUGUCUCCAUAAUCUAUUCAGCCUAAAGAAAUAAUCCUCUAGUGCCUUAACAAAAACAACAUUGGACAUGUGAAGCCAAUGAAAGACUUUGCUUUCUUCGUCUACUCAUCUGUGUUCAAUUUGAUCGCAGAGGAAAUACAGACAGUUUUGGAAAUAUGGACAUCUAAAGAUUUUUUUUAAGUAUCCUGUAAAUGUUUUUGAAUGAAAGUUGAGAUCAUAAUAUUUAAAAAAAAAUGAACACAUCGCCCUGAUACUCUGAAAUAGUUGCAUUCUGUCAUCAUUGAGUUCCACUCAUCAAAAUCCAACCUUUCCCUAAACCAAAGGACCAUCUGCUUAGUCUUUGGUAAAAACAUCAGCAGAACGAUGUGUUUGGUUUGUCUUAAAUUUUCUCCUGCAAGAUUUUCUAAGGAAUCAUCAAGUUUAAGCUACAGAAAUAAGACACACAGCUUUGUUUGUUAUUACUUUUUUAGCUGUCAUUAUUUUCCAGAGAAACAAUGCAUAUGCAGUGCUUUGCAAAAGCGUAAUAACACCUUUAUAAUAGAACACCCUAUUUAAAUUUCUUUACAACUCAUGCAUUUGGAUUGAGCCUACAGAAGUCAAUAUA